AGCCCGCACCGGGCGCAGCGUCCCGGCGCCCGCAGACCCCCGCGGGUCUCUGCCUCAGUUUCCCCACUGCGGUGACAGCAGUGCCGGGGAGGAAACCAGCGCAGCUCUGCACGGAGGAAGCGACAUAUGCUUUAGCCCGGCCCAGCACCGCCAUGGAGUUCUCCGAGCUGAUCAAAACGGCGACGGUGGAGAGCGUGCUGCUGUCGUGCGCGGGGCAGCCGGCGGUGAAGGGCACUCUGUGCAUCACCAGCCACCACCUGCUGCUCUCCUCCUGCCCGGGCGGCGACGGGCAGCCCAGCGCCGUGGAGCUCUGGCUGCUCAUCCGCAACGUGGACGCCGUGGAGAAGAGAGUGCAGAAUGUAGGCUGGUACCAGCCUCCCCGGAGCAGCGGCUCCCCGCGGGACACCAGGCUGGCUGGCUCCUCUGGCACCAUCACGCUGCGCUGCAAGGACCUGAAGGUGCUGCAGCUGGAGAUCCCGGGCAUGGAGGAGUGCCUGAACAUCGCCAGCUCCAUCGAGGCCCUCUCCUCGGUGGACUCCGUGAUGAUGAUGUACCCCUUCUUCCACCGGCCCCAGAGCCUGCGGCUGGAGGAGGGGUGGCCGCUGCUCCCCGUGGAGCAGUACUUCCAGCAGAUCGCCACGCAGACCACCCAGUGGCGGCUGAGUGACGUGAACCAGGACUUUGCCACGUGCCCCACGUACCCUCCUGCUGUCAUCGUUCCGGCGGCCGUGAGUGAAGAGACCCUGCGGAGGGCGGCCCGGUUCCGGCAGGGCGGGCGCUUCCCCGUCCUCAGCUACUACCACGCCAGGAACGGGACCGUGAUGCUCCGCAGCGGGCAGCCGCUGACCGGCCCCAACCGCAAGCGCUGCCCCGAGGACGAGAUGCUGCUGGGGUCAGUGCUGGACGAGGGCGAGCGGGGCUUCAUCAUCGACACGCGCUCAGCCCAGAUGGCCAAGCAGGCGCGGAUGACGGGAGGCGGCACGGAGCCCAAGUCCUCGUACCCGCAGUGGAAGAGACUGCACCGGCCACUGGAGCGCGGCCGCCCGCUGCAGGAGAGCUUCAUCAAGCUGGUGGAGGCCUGCAAUGACGCCUCACUGGGCAUGGACCGCUGGCUGGGCCGGCUGGAGAGCUGCCGCUGGCUGAGCCACGUCAAGGCGGCCCUCAGCACGGCCUGCCUGGCUGCGCAGUGCCUGGACAGGGAGGAGAGCAGCGUGCUGGUGCACGGAGCAGAGGGCACGGACACCACGCUGCUGGUGACAGCGCUGGCACAGGUGAUCCUGGAGCCGGGCUGCCGCACGCUGAAGGGCUUCCAGGGGCUGCUGGAGCGCGAGUGGAUCCAGGCCGGCCAUCCCUUCCACCUGCGCUGUGCCCGCUCUGCCUACUCGCACGCGCGGCUGAAGCAGGAGGCACCGCUCUUCCUCCUCUUCCUCGACUGUGUGUGGCAGCUGAGCCGGCAGUUCCCCUUCUCGCUGGAGUUCAGCGAGGGGCUGCUCCUCACCCUCUUCGACAACGCCUACGCCUCUGACUAUGGCACUUUCCUCUGCAACAAUGAGAAGGAGAGGUGUCUGUGCAAAGUGAAGGAGAGCACGCACUCCCUCUGGGCCUGGCUGGACCAGCCCGAGGAGAGGAAGAAGUACCUGAACCCCCUCUACUCGCCUAACCCACUGGUCAUCUGGCCCUCGGUGGAGCCCCAGAGCAUCCAGCUGUGGCAGGGCUUCUUCUUUCGCUGGAUCCGCUCAUCCCAGUACCUGGAUGAGGCGUGGGCAGAGAUAUGGCGGUUGGUGGAGAGCAGCAACACACCUGUCAAGGAGAGCACAGAGAACAGACUGAGCCGCUCGCUCUCCGACCCCACUACCCGGAUGGAGAAUGAAAGAUGAGUGGCAGCACGAGCACCUCGUCCUGGCGAUCGUCCCCCACCACCAUGAGCUGAUGCACCAAGGCGAUGCUGCAGCUCCCUGCGGGAAGCGCUGUGCGGGACACACGCCCUGCGGAGCCCAGAGGAGCCUGCGCAGACCAGAACUGUAUGGACAUCCCUGGGAGAGGGGGACAGACUCGACCGAGCAGCCUGUGAGCCAUGCAGCCUGAGCACGUCACAGUAAAGUGGUCUCUCUCUCACAGUC